AUGCCGACUUCAGUUCCGACACUGUGGCUCACAGGACUGAGCCUCGAAUGGACACUCGAGGGAAGUCGAGUCGAGGCCGGCGCACUCCACAGGCGUGUGCCACAUGCCGAAGGCGCAAGACUAAGUGUGACGGCGCUCGGCCGCGAUGUCGGCAUUAUCGUGUUGCCUACCCUCGAGUCUCUGCGGCGCAUCUUUGACCUGUUCUUCGAGCGUCAUUUUGUCGUGGAUUUCUGCUCUUUCGAGUACUUACCGACAUGGGAAUCGCACUACAGCGAGAAGCCGUUCCUCGUAGCUUCCAUCAUUGUCUUGUGCGCACAAUAUCUGACUCCCGAAGAGUCUUGGAGAGCGUUUGGGCUCAAGACUGGGCACGAUGUCCGAUCUCACUAUCUGCCUGUUGCUGAGUCUAUGGCCCGAGACACCUUAACAACCCCUACUGUUGCAAACAUCCAAGGCAACCUAGUCCUAGCACUGUCUGAAAUCUUAGCAGAUGCUGGCUCGAGUCAUUGGCUAUACGCUGGCACUGCGAUUCGAAUGGCGCAGAUAAUGCGGCUUAACAAAGAGUAUCACCAAAAGCAUACCACAAAGGAGCAGGAGAUGCGACGCCGUACCUUUUGGGCCUGUUUACUUAUGGACAGGUGUCUAGCAUAUCUUCUAAGCAAACCGAGAACCUUGGCCUUGACCAACGUCCAAGUUGCUCUUCCCAGCACAAAUCUCUCAGUAGCGUACCAGGAACAGACCAGGGGAAUCAACCUGGAUAACCUGGCCCGAUUUGAUGGAUUCCCUUCAGAAGUCAGCCUUUCGUCAUACUUCAUUAAGACAGUUUGUCUCUGGAGCGAUAUGGCUGAUAAUAAUAUAUGCCAUAAAAGAUUCACAGACACUCGAUCUCCGCUUGACCCUCGAAGCCACCUCGCUCGCUGCAGUCGAGCCGUACAAGAUUGGUCUUUCUCACUACCGUCACACUUGGAAUGGUCUAAUGAAAACUACUCAACGCACAGCAGCCUGGGUCAGAGCCGAACUUUUGUAUCCCUCCAUCUUCUGUUGCGCAGCGCAUUGUGCAUCGCCCACCAAUGUUACUUGCCUCAAUUAGAUGGUUGCUCGCUCUUGCUGGACUGUUUAGAUGCUGCGGGCUUAUCUCUACUUCACCGGGAGCCAUCCCUCAUAUCCAUCUGUAUCAGUAAUGCCAUGGCCCUGGGCGAGAUCGUGACAACAGUUUGGAAAUCCGCGGAUAGUGGUGGCCGACUUGACCUGGAAACGAUAUGGCUUGCUGGCACGUGCCUGCCGGCAGCGAAUGUCUUCUUGUGGCUUCAGUAUGCUACAGAUGAAGACUGUUCCAGAGAGGAUGUUCGGGAAACGGCCAAACACUAUUUUCACACCAUCAAGUCAAUAUUCUCAACUCUGUGUGGUCAAUGGCAAGUUGCACACGGGUGGCUUGCGACACUCCGGACAAUGGAGGCUACUUACCGUGCUGCAUAUCUUGGCGAGAUCCCCCCUGACUCAGAGAUUGAGGAGUUAUCUCCCUCGUCCUUAUCAUCGCACAAUGGCGAGGGAUCGCUGAACGGAUUCAAGCCGAGGCCUGGAGACGGGUGCCCCCCAGUCACUGAAAGGUCGAACCUGUAUGAUGUACUUCGGAUGAUCACCACAGAAUCGACGCUUGAGGAACUUCAGUCAGUAUGGAUGUAUCUUGCAGGGGGAUGGUCUGAAGAUCUACAACAUUCCUUGUUUAGUUGUCUGUAG